CAACGCGACCAAAUCUGGGACGUCCACCCCUGGCCCUGCGUAGGCCAAUUCCGCUUCCUCGACCUCUCCCUCCGGCGCAACCCAUCGUACACCACCAUGCUGCAGCGCCUGGUCCACGGCGGCGAUCGCAUCCUGGACGUGGGUUGCUGCCUGGCGCAAGACCUGCGCAAGCUCGCGUACGACGGGGCCCCUCCCUCUUCACUGUUUGGGCUGGAGAAGCAAGCGGAGUUCAUACGGAUUGGACAUUCCUUCUUUGAUGAUGCGGAGAGCUUCGGAGAGGCAACUUUCUUUGCUGCGGACUCGCUCAAUCGGGAGGACGAAGAGGUGCGCAAGGCCGCGGGUACGUUUAGCAUCGUCAGUUUGGGCAUGGUGCUGCAUAUUUGGGGUCUCGAGGGCCAGAUCAAGGCGUGCGAGCGGGUGACGGAGUUGCUGAGGGAUGAGAAGGGGGUGCUUGUUGUGGGGCAGAGCGUAGGGGAUUUGGCUGGGAAGGAGGUGAGUAGUCGUGGGACGAAGAUGAUCUUCAAGCAUAAUGUGGAGACGUUCAAGGAGAUGUGGGAGGAGGUGCGACGGAAAACGGGGACAAAGUGGAAGGUUGAGGCGAGGCUGAGCGAGGGGUUGGGGAUCGAUUCGAGGCCGAGGAACUGGGAUGAGCCAAGUACGAGGCGGCUUUCCUUCUCGAUGGAGAGGGUAUGA